AAUGGACAUAUCCUCCAAUGAACUCAGUGGAAUAAUUUCACCAGAGGUAUCAAACAUGAGAGCAAUUAUACUACUGAAUUUGUCAAGAAACCAAAUUUCAGGAAGCAUCCCUACAACUAUGGGUAGCUUGCAAACUUUGCAAAAUCUAUCUUUGGCUCACAACAAUUUACAAGGACCUAUACCUGAAUCGCUUAGUGGCAUGAUAAGCAUUGAGUCCAUGGAUCUUUCCCACAAUUAUUUAUCUGGUGUGAUUCCAAAGUCCUUAGAGUCAUUACUCCAUCUUAAAUACAUCAAUCUUUCAUAUAAUUUAUUGCAUGGAGAAAUUCCAGAAGGUGGCCCUUUUCAAAAUUUUACAGCUCAGUCUUUUAUGAUGAAUAAAGAUCUUUGUGGAAAAUCCCAACUACAAGUCCAACCAUGCAGAAAAGAAAGGAAUUACAUGACAAAAAAAGUGAAGUUGUUGAUAAAAUGCUCACUUCCUAUCGUGGUUGUCAUUCUGGUUGUUUCAUGCAUUGUCUUUCUAAGACGUAAGAGUGAUGUGUAUGCUAGUGGUUCAACGAACAAUGAUUUAAUAAAUGUGGGGAUACCAAUUAGGAUAUCCUAUUAUGAUCUUUUGCAUGGAACAAAUAGAUUUGAUGAGAGUAAUCUUCUUGGUGUUGGAUAUUAUGGAUCAGUAUACAAAGCAACUCUUCCAAAUGGAAAGGUCGUUGCGGUUAAAGUAUUUCGCUCAAACUUGGAUGAAGCAUUAAGGAGUUUUGAUAUUGAGUGUACUGUAGUAUGCAAUUUACGACACCGCAACCUUGUUAAGGUUAUUAGUAGUUGCUCAAAUGAUCAUUUGAAGUGUCUAAUAAUGGAGUUCAUGUCAAAUGGGAGUCUUGACAAAUGGUUAUACUCUCAUGACAACUAUUUAGACAUCCUACAAAGGUUGAGUAUAAUGAUUGAUGUGGCAGCUGCAUUAGAAUAUCUUCAUCAUGGUUCUUCUACACCAGUUGUUCAUUGUGAUGUAAAACCGAGCAAUGUCUUGUUAGAUGAAAAUAUGGUGGCUCAUCUUACUGAUUUUGGUAUAGCUAAAUUGAUGGGGGAAGAAGAGUUGGAAAUUUAUACAAAAACUUUGGCUACAAUUGGUUACAUGGCACCUGAGUAUGGAUCAAAAGGAGCUGUUUCCAUUAAAGGAGAUGUGUAUAGCUAUGGUGUUUUGUUAAUGGAAAUGCUUACAAGUAAAAAGCCAACAGAUGAUAUGUUUGCUGAAAGUCUAAGUUUGAAAGAUUGGGUUAGCACAUCAACACCACAUUCUGUUAUCAAUAUUCUAGAUCCAAAUUUGCUGCACAAUCAAAAUAUUGGUGAUGUAGUACCACAUAUGUCAUCAAUUUUGGAGCUGGCUUUAAAUUGUUGCACCAAUAUACCUGAGGCACGACCUACAAUGAUUGAUGUUGUGGUAUCGAUGAAAAAAAGCAACUUUUCAUUGAUGCAAAAUAUUAGAGGCAACUCAAGGUAAAUAAUUGUUAAAUAAAAUUUUAGUUUCUUUUUUUUUUUACCCCUUUGGUUUGGUUUAUUUGUGAACUAUGUAAUAAUCUUAUCGGAGUAGAGCAAAAAUGUUUGCCAUGCUAAU